AUGGACCCCUUUGAAGCCCGGCUCCAAUUUAUCAAGACUCUUCAGAGGCUUAAUGCCAGCAAUGAAGCGAAUGAAAAUGCACUACAAUUUCUGCUACAGAAUACUGAUUUGAUGGAAGACUUAUACUCGUGUACCUUGGAAGAACUUGAUAAGUCAUCACUCAAUGUAAAACUGAACAUUUUUUAUUUUCUAGAAAUGAUUGUGUGUGGCUGUUCAGCACGACAAGCAACUCAAUUUCAGCACUGGAUAGCCAGGGACCUUGAUACAAUUAUUGACAAGGUGGUUCCAGAGACUCAGGUGGGACUGGUAAAUUUAUCACCUAGCCGCUCAAUUGUGGCCAGUAUUCUAUCUAAGGGCAAAGCUCCCGUAGACGGAAAAGUUCAGGAGAGAGCGAUGAUAAUAUUAAAAUCUCGGACUGAUCUUUUAGAAGCACCUCUGCCUACUGUUACUGUUGGCCAAAGCUCAUCCAGAAUGACCCGUGAGCAUUCUCUCCAAUCUGACAGUGUUAGGACCAGUCCCGUGGUCGAAAAUGCUGAUGACAGCUUCACUGGAGAUGACAAAAGAACAACGUCAUCGCCGAAGCCGAUUAUUCCAGGUCACAACUUAUCUCGAAACGAAAUUCUCCGCAGAAUGGAUGAGGACCGUGAGAGAAGUAAGCGAUUAAAAGAAGACAUCUGGGCAGAAGAUUAUCAAUUUGGACCGUUUUCCGAGUUCAAUAGAGACUGGGAUUCGACUGGCCCACUUAACGACCUUGAUUACGAACAAAUGAAUGAAGAUAACGAGAUAUUUAUGGAAUCUAUCUCUACGACAAGCGUGCAUGCAAUAUGA